UGUGAGAAGCCCAUGACCCGAGACUCGACCAGCUCCAACUCUUUAAAAAAUACUACCAAUAAUUAAAUUAGCGAGCAGCAGCAGGAGUAGUGUGUAAAAAUAAAACCUUUACAAAACCUCAUCCCUUCUUGCCUUUGAAGUUGUCAUAUUGUAAAUGGUGGGACUUGCUGCAUCUGGCCUGCAAAUCACCGCAGUUAGACCUUUUAUUUUCUUUAACCAUAGGAUUUUUAAGUCAGCUGUAUCACCUGUCUUUAAUAGUUCUAAUGGAUCCUCAUCAGUAAAGGAUUCCAGUUCCUGUCAUGUAUCAAGUUUGCAGCCUUUUCAGCGAAUUUUAAUGUCAACCUCAGCUAGGAACUAUGCAACGAAGGCAAACUCUGAAGCAAGUGAUGUAAAGCCGACAUCAGUAUUACCUAUAGAUUUGAGAGGUAAAAGGGCAUUCAUUGCCGGGGUAGCUGAUGAUAAUGGAUAUGGUUGGGCUAUAGCCAAAUCUCUUGCCGCAGCAGGUGCUGAAAUUCUCGUCGGUACAUGGGUUCCUGCGCUAAAUAUAUUUGAAACAAGCCUACGGCGUGGAAAAUUUGAUGAAUCACGCGUGUUGCCAGAUGGUUCUUUGAUGGAAAUUACUAAAGUAUAUCCAUUAGAUGCUGUGUUUGACAACCUUGAGGACGUACCUGAAGAAAUAAAAGCAAAUAAACGUUAUGCUGGAUCUUCUAAAUGGACUGUUCAGGAAGUUGCAGAAUCAGUGAAAGAGGACUUUGGCAGCAUUGAUAUUCUUGUGCACUCACUUGCUAAUGGGCCAGAGGUGACAAAACCUUUGCUCGAGACUUCAAGGAAAGGGUAUCUUGCAGCAGUAUCUGCAUCAAGUUUUUCCUAUAUCUCCUUGUUAAAGAAUUUUAUCCCAAUAAUGAAUCCGGGUGGUUCUUCAAUUUCCUUGACAUAUAUUGCUUCUGAGAGGAUAAUUCCAGGCUAUGGUGGUGGUAUGAGUUCAGCUAAAGCAGCGCUAGAAAGUGACACAAGAGUGCUUGCUUUUGAAGCUGGAAGAAAACGUAAAAUCAGGGUCAACACAAUAUCGGCUGGCCCUUUGAGAAGCCGUGCAGCGAAAGCUAUUGGAUUCAUAGAUAUGAUGAUUGACUAUUCUUUGGAAAAUGCACCUCUCCAGAAAGAACUAUCUGCAGAGGAAGUGGGGAACACUGCUGCUUUCUUGGCUUCACCACUGGCUUCAGCAAUAACUGGUGCUGUUAUAUAUGUAGACAAUGGUCUAAAUACAAUGGGUGUCGGAGUUGAUAGCCCCAUAUUUAAAGAUCUUAAUAUUCCGAAGUAUGAGCAAUAGCGAUGACAAUUACAGGCGCUUUUCAGCUCCAAGCUCCAAAAGACCAGAAGUAAAGAGUACUUUUUGUAGUUUAGUUGCUUGCGACCUAUAUCAAUGUUCAGCCUGACAUGGGUUGGCCGCGGCACCAUUUUCUUGAGUUGUAGCACCCUUCCUAUGAGCAUGUAUUACUAUCAGUGUAAAACCUAUUUGUAGCUAAAGGAUGAAUUCAAAGGCAUUUGGACUACUUUCACUCU